UGCAGAAAACGGGACAGAGGAGCAGUGAGAGGCCGACACAGGGCUUCAUUUCCCCGGGUGAUUUUACUGAAUUGCACACGCGGACUUCAGGUGUCAGUAUGUCACAAAAUAUCAGCGCUGAGGAGAUGGAGGAGAUCAGGGAGGGCUUCCAGAAAGUGGAUGUGGAUAGUAAUGGGUACAUCUGCGCUUCUGAACUCGGUGAUCUCUUCCGUGAGGUGGGCUGUCCUUUACCUGGAUACCAGAUCAGAGAACUCCUGCAGAGGCUGGACCGAGACAAAGACAGCCGCAUCAACCUUGAUGAGUUCACCGCUAUUUUCAAGGAAAUGAAGGACGAUCGCUUGGCCCAGGGUUUCAGGAAAGCUCUCAACAAGAAAGAAGGCAUCGUAGCCAUCGGUGGCACCAGUGAGAUCUCAAGUGAAGGAACUCAACAUUCAAUCUCCGAGCAGGAGCGCUUUGCCUUCGCCAACUAUAUCAACUCUUCUUUGGAGAAGGAUCCAGACUGCAAACAUGUGCUGCCCAUCAACCCCAACACUGAGGCUCUGUUUAAAGCAUUGUCAGACGGCAUCGUGCUUUGUAAACUCAUCAAUCUCUCUGUUCCUGACACCAUCGAUGAGAGAACCAUCAAUAAAAAGAAACUCACUGCUUUCACCACACAGGAGAAUCUGAACUUGGCUCUGAAUUCAGCCUCAGCCAUCGGCUGCCAAGUUGUCAAUAUCGGAGCUCAGGAUCUGAAGGAGGGAAAACCUCACCUGGUGCUUGGACUCCUCUGGCAGAUUAUCAAGAUAGGACUGUUCGCUGAUAUCGAGCUGAGCCGCAAUGAAGCUAUAGCAGCGCUGCUAGAAGAAGGGGAGAGUCUGGAAGAGCUGAUGAAACUCAGUCCUGAGGAGCUGCUGCUGCGCUGGGCCAAUUUCCACUUAAAGAAAGUUGGCAUGACCAUAUCAAACUUUUCUGGAGAUAUCAAGGACUCCAAGGCAUAUUACCACCUGCUGGAGCAGAUUGCUCCAGACGGCAGCAAAGAGGACGUUCCCCGGGUUGAGAUUGAUAUGACUGGCCUUUAUGAGAAGGAUCUUACAAAGAGAGCAGACUGUAUGCUGAAACAGGCUGACCGCCUCGACUGCCGACAGUUUGUAACUGCCAGUGAUGUCGUGUGUGGAAACGCAAAGCUCAACAUGGCCUUCGUUGCAACACUCUUCAACAAACACCCGGCUCUCACCAAACCAGAGAACCAAGACUGGAAUCUGGAGAGCGAGACCAGAGAGGAGAGAACUUUCAGGAACUGGAUGAACUCUCUUGGAGUCAGUCCACAUGUUCACCAUAUCUACGGUGAUCUGCAGGAUGCCAUGGUGAUUCUCCAGCUGUAUGAACGAAUUAAGGUGCCAGUGGACUGGGACAACAGAGUCAACCACCCUCCAUUCAAGGCAGUAGGCGGAGGGCAUUUGAAAAAGAUAGAAAACUGUAACUACGCUGUGGACCUGGGAAAGAAUAAAGCAGGUUUCUCCCUGGUGGGAAUCGGAGGACAGGACCUCUACGAUGGAAAUGCAACUCUAACCCUGGCACUGGUCUGGCAGCUAAUGAGGAGGUACACUUUAAAUGUUCUUGAAGACCUCGGACAUGGAGAAGCUGCAGGAGAUGAUUUGAUCAUUUCAUGGGUCAACAAGACUUUGGCUGAAGCUGGCAAGAGUUCAUCUAUCAAAAGCUUCAAGGACAAGUCGAUUGGUACCAGUCUUCCAGUUCUGGACCUGAUUGAUGCCAUCCAGCCACAGAGUGUGAACUUUGAGCUGGUUAAAAAUGGAAGUCUGUCGGAUGAAGACAAACUGAGCAAUGCCAAGUAUGCCGUUUCCAUGGCGAGGAAGAUCGGCGCGAAGGUCUACGCCCUGCCUGAGGAUUUGGUAGAGGUCAACCCUAAAAUGGUGAUGACCAUCUUCGCCUGCCUGAUGGGGAGAGGCAUGAAGAGAGCUUAAAGCAGGCACUCAUGCAAAUAUCCACCCACAUAUAUACAUACUGACUGACUGUCUUUGCCUGUUUGACUGGAUGAGACAUGAGGAGAGUGAACACAGUUGUGUUGUCUUAUUUUAUUAAGAGGUUAUUCUGUGGUAGCCAAACAAGUACAUGGUGAACAUUUAAGGGUUUAGGUUUUUGUUCUGGAUCUCAGUUUUGCUUUUGAGCAAUAUGGUGGCUGAGUGGUUAACAGUGUCACAUUAAGUAAGACACACUUUCCAUACUGCUCAUAGAAUGUGAACGUGUCUGUUUAUGUGUUUGCACUGUGGUAACCUGGCCACCAGUCCAAGGUCUGCCCAGUGCAUGCUGGGAUAGACUCCAGCCCGCCUGCGAUCCUGAUGAGAGACAAGUCUGCUGAUAAAACAGAUGAAUAAAAGGGUUUUGUUUCUUUUAAUGUAAAGGCUAUGAUACAUGGGAAACAUUCAAAGACAAUAUUGUAAUAUUUCUCAGUCAUGUUGAAAGCAAAAAUUCAAGGUGGUGAUUCUUCUUUUUCUCAGCAUUUCAGUUUUUUACAUACACUUUUCAGUCAUUUUUAAUGAGGUUUUACUGCAGUCUUACCUUUGCUGUCCUGCCUUUUUGCCUGAUGACAUACUUGACAGUUUCUCAGCUGCAUUGCCUCAAAGUUUCCCAGAUCCUUAUGAUCUGCUGACAAGGCUCUGCUGUAUCUUACAAUGUGCCAGCCAGUUCACAGUAUGAACAUUUAAUGUACUUAAGCCAUAAUAUUCUUUACUAAAUACCUUCUUUGGCCUUUUUUUUAUAUAUGACCAAAGCUGUGCUAGAUUAUUGGUAGCUUAUGUCUUCACACUAGACACUAUAAAGCUGAAUCCAUUAAUAUUUUUUUUACCUUAAAAUUCAAAUAAUUUGCAUUUUAAAUAUGAUACAAUUAAGAUAUGUUCAGUGACAUUUGAGGGGAUAAUUAAUAGAUAAAAAAUUAAUUGUAAUAUAUUGAGGUAUUUUAAAUAUCAUUCAUUUGUAUUUCAGGAUUUCAGAUUUCAGGUAUAGCUUCCAUACUAUUUAGUAAAUGGUAAAAACCAUUAAAACUCCGUGGGUGAAAUUUGCACCUUAAUUGCAAAAAUAUGGUUCUUUUAAGUUUAAAAUUAAGUGUCUGUAUUCUGUAUUUUUUAACCUUUAAUCUGGGAUAUUAAAUCCCUGAAUACUGAAUAGGAAUCCCUUCAAGUGUCAUUAAUUUGUACCUGAAAAUAUUU